CAACUCCACAUCUGAUGUGUCAUGUAGCUCGCAAAGGAAAUAAAUGCAGACACGAUUUUACGCGAUAGACACUUUUUGGAGCAUGGAAUCCCGGUGACGAUGCUAAAGGUUGAUGAUGAACAUGAAUAUGAACAUGAACAAGAAAAAGAAUGCCUCAGACCAACAUACUCUCAUUCUUCUCGAGGCCGAAACAGGAUCCUCCGGUCACUCCAGUCCAGGAGCAAGAAGUACUCGAAACUGAACACACGCCAGAGUCACUCGAAAAUCAAGCUGAAGAUAACGACAAUGACCAGGCACACCCCCAAGCCACCAACACCAGCAAUACCAACGAAACAUCAUCCACAAAACCCAAACCAAGCAUCCUAUCCCAAGUCCACGACCAUCUCUCCUCCAACAACCUAAGCCAACCCGUCACAAUCCCACACCUUCCACACGCAUUGAUAGUCCCCUUAUCACCAUCCCAACUCCCAUCCAUCCAGCGACUGACCAGCACAACACUACCCAUUCGCUACAGUGACUCAUUUUUCCGCGAACCACUCAACGACACGACUCUAUCACAACUUACUCGAGUUGUUCUCUACUCAUCAGAACCCGUUGGAUGGAUGCGUUGUCGUAUAGAACCAGCAUCGCCGACCACCACAGGAGCAGCAAAUCAACCACAACUACAUCAGAUCUACAUUCAGGCCUUGGCCUUAUUGGCUCCUUAUCGAGGCUUGGGUCUUGCUACUCUUCUUCUCGAUACGGUUCUGAGUACCCCGAUUGCAAAGGACGAGUCUACCGUGUCGGUCUAUGCGCAUGUAUGGGAGAAGAAUGAGGAUGCGCUUGAGUGGUAUGAAAAACGGGGGUUCUAUCGUGUGCUUCUUGUGCAGAGAUAUUAUCGUCGGCUUAAUCCUGGGGGGGCUUGGAUUGUGAGGAAGGAACUUCAUUAAGGAGGAAUACUGUUGGAUAUAAGAUGAUUGAGGGAUACUUGGCUAGGUAGCCUGAUCAGUGCAUUUGACCUGUCAAAGAUAGAUCGUAAU